CUAAAUUUAUUUUAUACUUUUUGUUUAUUUACGAAAUCGAUACAAUAAAAGUGUAUUAAUAAAAUAAUUUCAUUUUCUCAGGCUGAUGCAGUGAUAGUGGAAAGAUGUGUGAGGUGCAGUCGCUGCAGGCGCAGCUGGCGGACAUCGAGCAUGACAACGAGAGCAGCAGCGAGCGCAGCUCCGUGUACGAGCCCGCCCGCCCGCAGCUGCUCAGCAUGCCUGUAGAGAUAUUUUUAAAGAUCUGCUCAUUCCUCGAUGCAGAUUUCCUAAGUCACACACUGGCCAAAGUAUGCACAAGGUUUCAAACAAUUCUAGAGGACAGCCACAUAUGGAAGUACUGGUACCACAGCAAGCUGGAAGGCAGCGUGUACCCGCCACUGCCACACCUGCAGUACUGGGAGGAGGAGCCGAUUGACUGGCAGAGCAUGUGCGUGGAGUCCGCCAGUGAGAAGCGGCGGUGGGAGAAUGUACGGGAGACCAUGAAGCAUAUCGUGGUGAAGGACAUACACUUUGCGUCGGUAGACACUGUUUUAUUAGUAAAUAACGGCGAGUUCUGCAUAUCCGGCGGGCGCGACCGCGGCAUGGCGCUGUGGUGCGUGGCCGACAUCUCGCCCGCCGGCCCGGAGGUGGCCACGCCGAGCCGCGCGCCCGGCGGCGGCGUGUCGCACGCCGUGCUCGCCACCACGCAGCCGAGACACAUCCGGCACGGCGCGCAUGAGGGCUGGGUGUGGGACCUGGCAGCGGACUGCGAGCACAACACCAAGUUCGUGUACUCCGCCUCCUGGGACAACUCCGUCAAGGUGUGGGACCUCAACCGAGACUUCACACCCGUACACUCCUACAGAUGCGGUAUGUCAGCUCUCUGCGUGGACACCUGCGGCGACAUGGUUCUAGCCGGACUGUAUUCCAAAAGGAUCAUGGCGUUCGAUGUCCGGGUCGGGACCGAAGCUGUUUGCAAAUACAAGCCGCACAGAGGCCCCGUGCUGGGGCUCGCCACUCUCGGGCCGCAGGUGGCGUCGGUGUCCGAGGACCGCACGCUCGCCGUGUGGGACGCCCGCGCCCGCAGGACGCUCGUGCAGGACCUCCGGCUGCCUACGGAGAAGGCCUACCCCGUCUGCGUGUCCUGGGCGAGACCCGCGCUUUAUGUCGGGGAUUCUAAAGGAGGCCUACAUCUGCUACACCCGGAGAAGUUCAGCUUGGUGGCCACACAUGAAGUUUGGCAGGAGCCGCCCUCCACGCAGCCCGCCUCCAAGAUCACGGGAUGCCUGCAGACGGCGGCCGGACUUAUCUUGGUGUCGGACCGCGGUGAGGUCAAGUUCCUGUACAACAGCUUCCCCCCGCGCGAGUACUGCAGCACGCGCACCACCGCCCCCGACGUCACGCAGGUGCGGUAUCUGAACGGCAUCUUGGUGGUCGGGUCGUGCGACUCUGCGCUCGAGUUCUGGAUCCCGGCCGAGCGCUACGACUCGGCCAUCCCGACACGAGACUCGUCCUCGUACUCGGGCAUCCCGACACGAGACUCGUCCUCCGACUCGGCCAUCCCGACCGAAGGCUCGUCCACCGAGUCCCCCGAGUGAUACACAAAAUCCCUGUAGCUCGGUAGCUACGUACACAUACACUGUAGUCAGUGUAUUAGUAACUUAACAUAGCCAAGGUUUCGUUUAUUAAAAAUAUCUACGCGCCUAAAGUGACAAUAAUAUUUGAAC